UUACAUUCAUUUCAAUCGCCCGCACUAGCCAAGUAGCCAAGCAUCGCCGAGACAUAUUAAGAGCCGUCCAUUACUUGAUCAUUGCCUCCUCGACGCUGAUAAGAUCACAGGUUGGACGUUGGAUGGGGAGGAGAUGAGGUUCUUCUAAUGUCGGAUCGAUGGUCGUGAGAUUAGAUUCGUGCAGGGGGUUGAUGAUGAUUUAGAAGGUGAGGGAAGAAGGAAAGCGAUGCCUUCGCCCACGCAAAUCUUGGAAGACCCCAUCAAUUCGCUGAUCCAACGAUGCCCGGACAUGCGAACCCUCCGCCAAAUCCACGCCCACUUCCUCAAAUCCCCCCUCGGUUCAUCCGCGUACGCCCUCUCCAAGAUCCUCGCCUUCUCCGCCCUGUCCGCCUCCGGCGACAUCGCCUAUGCCCGCCGGAUGUUCGCUCAAAUUCCCAACCCAAAUGUGUUCUCUUGGAACUCCAUUAUCCGGGGAUGCUCUCUCGUCCCGGAACAGUCCAAAGAGCCGAUUUCCCUCUAUAAGCGGAUGCUUCGAAGCGGCUUCGCGCACCCGAAUAGCUUCACCGUCGCAUUUGUUCUGAAAGCGUGCUCCAUUGUCUCAGCAUUCUCGGAAGGCCUCCAGGUUCACUGCCAUGCACUGAGGUACGGCCUCUUCUCGAGUCCGUUUGUCCAGACCGGGCUCCUGAACUUCUACGCGAAGUGCGAAAAGAUUGCCUGCGCGCGAUGCGUGUUCGACGAAAUUUCUGACAAGAAUUUGGUCGCAUGGAGUGCGAUGAUCGGCGGGUACGCGAGAAUCGGGUUGGUGAAUGAGGCGUUGGUACUGUUUAGGGAGAUGCAGGAAGUGGGAAUUGCUCCUGAUGAGGUUACAAUGGUCAGUGUCAUCUCAGCUUGCGCCAAGGCGGGCGCUUUGGAUUUGGGGAGGUGGGUUCACGCAUUCAUCGACAGGAAGGGAAUCGAGCUCGAUCUUGAGCUCAGCACCGCGUUGAUCGACAUGUAUGCGAAAUGUGGGGCGAUAGACAAGGCACGGGAAGUGUUCGACGGCAUGGAUGUCAGGGAUACAAUGGCUUGGAGUUCGAUGAUUGUUGGGCUAGCAAUUCAUGGCCAUGUGAAGGAUGCUCUGGAACUUUUCUCGGCGAUGUUGGAUUCCCAGGUGAAGCCGAACCAUGUGACCUUCAUCGGCGUUCUAUCAGCGUGUGCUCACAGCGGAUUAGUAAGCGAUGGCCGUCGGUAUUGGUCCUCCAUGCAGGAGCUGGGCGUUGCACCAUUGAUGGAGCAUUAUGGGUGCAUGGUUGAUCUACUGUGCAGAGCUGGCCGAUUGGAAGAAGCUUACACCUUCGUAAAUGGCAUGCCUAUCAUGCCGAAUUCUGUAAUUUGGAGAACGCUGCUGGUGGGAUGUAAAAAUAGCAGGACUUUUGACGAAGCAGAGACCGCAGCAGAGCAACUUCUUCAGCUGGAGCCACUGAAUGCAGAGAACUACGUGCUUCUCUCAAACUUGUACGCUUCCAGAUGCCAGUGGGAUAAAGUGAGCCGCAUGAGGAAGAAGAUGAAGGAUCAUGGCGUGAAGGUCGUCCCAGGAUGUAGUUCUACUGAGAUCGAUGGUUUCGUCCACGAGUUCACGGUGGGUGACGAUACUCAUCCCGAGAUCAGGGAGAUCAGGGAGAUGCUGAGGGACAUCGCAGAGCGGGUUCGGCGAGCAGGUCAUGAGCCGUGGACCUCUGCGGUCCUUCAUGAUGUGGUCGAAGAGGAGAAGGAGAGCGCGCUCUGCGAGCACAGCGAGAGGUUGGCGAUUGCCUACGGCAUGCUGAAGACGGAGGCGCCGGUUGUGGUCCGGGUGGUGAAGAACCUGAGAGUGUGUGGGGAUUGCCAUGAGGUGACAAAGAUCAUAAGCAAGAUAUAUGACAGAGAGAUCAUCGUGAGGGAUCGCGUCCGCUUCCAUCGAUUUGUGAAUGGAAGUUGUUCCUGCAGUGACUUCUGGUGAUGCUCGAUCUGCAUCCUUUUCUUCAAUUCUCUGGAGUUGGCCAACCAACACCAUGCAAAUCAUAUGCGGUAAUCAUACUCAGCACAAUCUAAAUUUCAUAGGACUUAUUUGUGACGCCUAAGGAGCCAUUAAAAGUUAUAACAAUUCAAAAGAAGCAUUCCUAUUUUUUCAUACAUAAUGUGUAAAGAAAGGACACUAUUUUUUAGCUAAA